GAGUCCAACGACGACCACAACAGCGAAAUUUCUAAAAUUUUGCACUUGUUUAUCAUUUAAAAAUCUCGAUGAAUAGGGGCCUACAUGAUAUGAUACCUGAUUUCAACCCUGUGAACGAUAAGUUGGUUUCAGCAUUAUUUCUGGAGCUAAAGAACGCAGAAUAAUAUGACAACUGUUGUUGAAGAGGGUGUCCUUCAGAGAUUCUCUGCCCCACUCUGGAGAAAGACAAAUUAUCUUCAAAGAUGGAGACGAAUAGAAAACAUGGUCCUGCGGGAGGAGGCAGGUGGUUCAUUCACCCUCCACAAAGCUGACUGCAGUGAAAACAGUGCAUCAAAAUAUAAUUUUUGGAAGGUUGAGGUCCGUCCAUCUAACCCAACUGACACAAAAAAAACGAAGGACUUUCUUGGAUUUGAACUGCUGUUACACAUGAGAGGUGAGGAUGAAGAGGAAGAUAAAGAAUGGAUACCAUUUCGCUGUGAAAGUUUACAGGAGCAAAGGCGAUGGAUGAUCAGUCUGGGUUACACUGGAGAUGGCAUGUUCUCAAAUGGAGAUCCACAUUCCCAGCCUCUUGAGAGCUGGGUUGGAAAAUGGGAUGUGAUUCAUCCAGCCAUGAUGACAGCUCAAGUCAUCACAGCCAAAACUGAGCAGCAAGAGAAGCGAGAAAAUCCUGGUGGUGGUGAUGAUCCCACUCUUCCUAGCUAUAAUGAUGUUAUGGAACAAACUGGAAUGUUCAGUAUUGAAUUUGCUAUGCAAAUGCAUAGACGGGAGCAUUGUGGUGACCACCCGGCACCACCACCAUUGCCUCCUGUCCUGCAGCACCGCCGCCCUGUCGAUGACAGCGUCCUCCCACCUCAUGGGCCACCAAUCUUCUGGCCUGUCAGUAUAGGUUUUGGGAAAGAGAUCAGACUCCCCGAUGAUAUCCAACUACUCUGGGAUGCAAACUUGAAUCGAAAUGUGUUCCUUGAUCAUAAAACUCAAAUAGUGACAUGGAUAGACCCUCGUCCACCUCUCUUGCCCCCUCCAAAUGUUGAAAAACAGAUGAUUCUGUAUGGUGAUACCAAAAGAGGAAUUCCAAAGGAGCCGAAUUCCAUGUCUACCUUCAGUUACCUCUACAGUUUUGCACAAUCUGUGCGCGAUAAGCCACAUGGCUUGGAGAUAAAAGCUGAAGGUAUUCCAGGCAGCCAUGGUAGAUCUGGGCAAAUAGGAUCGCAUGGUUAUACUGGAGCACACGGCUCUUCUGGUUUUGGCUCAGGAGGAAAUGGUCAUCCUGGAGGUCCAGGGGGGCCUGGGGGGCCAGGUGAAAGAGGCCAGGAUGCUGUAUCUGGCACUCAUGCUAGUGAUCUACAGGUGCAUGUAGGUGGUGAUACAGAGAAGCUGCAGAUAUCUGGCACAGUGACUGAAUGGGCCUAUCUAGGCGGCUUAGAAAAUGAGCAUGUUGUCUUCUUAAAUGCUCGGGGUGGUGAUGGGGGACAUGGAGGAGCUGGUGGGCAAGGUGGUCAUGGUGGAACAGGUGGUCAAGGUGGGAAGGGUGCCAGGGGGAGAGAUGGCCACUCUAGCCAUUCUACCGGAGGCAGAGGUGGAAAUGGAGGUCCCGGAGGAAAUGGCGGGGAUGGAGGGUUUGGUGGACCAGGUGGACCAGGUGGAGAUGGUGGCCAUGCUGGUGACUCAGGAAUGGGUGGAAAUGUCCAAGUCUCUGCGUAUGAUCCAAGGAUAUUUAUGCUGAUUGGUGUUGAUGCUUGUCCGGGUACUAAAGGAAAUGGUGGACGUCGAGGAGAUGGUGGCUUUGGUGGGAAGGGCGGCCACGGUGGCUCUGGUGGAUCUGGUGGACAUGGGGGCCGUGGCGGACCCGCGGGGGAAAAUAGAUCAGCUGGUUCGAGUGGAUCAUCAGGAAGUCAUGGAAGAAGUGGUCAUAGUGGGGGUUCUGGACUUACAGGUUCAGCUGGAAACGAUGGCAAUGAUGGUCAAACUGGAGAGACUGGUAGUAUUCUUUGGACAGUUCUCGACCCGACCACUAAAGCAGUACUAUGUCAGACUGGCGUUAGAUAUGAGAUUCUCACUCUUGAUUAUGUAGUCACUUCAGAAGUAAAUGACGGAAUCUUUGAACCAAAUGAGAAGAUAUUCGUCAAUGGACUGGUUGUACAGAAUGUUGGGGAGAUGUAUUGUCCUGAUGGAGCCGAGGUGACCUUCAAAAGUACUCAAACAGUAAACUUCGUCCCUGCCAAAUAUGUCUUACCUGUUAUUGAGUCUGCUCACAGAUUUGAUGUCCCAGAAACCUAUGUUGGACGUAUUUUCGAUGUGCCCUGUCCAAAUAGUCCCGGGGCAUACAAAGGCAGUGCAGAGGUUAUCUCAAGGGUACAUAUGCUGAACAGGCCUUUUGAUAGUGGAUUCCGCAAAGUCACUUUGGAUGUCCAGUACCCCAUCAAGCUAGAGUCCAUCAACGCACCCUCACAAAUGGGUCGGGGUGAAGAGAAUUUUGUCCAUGUUACGUUGAAAAAUAUAUCAACUAUGCCUUAUGGAGAUGGAAUGGACAGUGGAGGCUUCCUUGAAGUCAGGGUGAGGCUUGACCGUCGCAUUCUUCCAGUUGCUAAACAAGAAUUGAUGGAGAAUCAACCGUAUAUGCUGACCUUUCACCCUGCUACGAGAGACAGUGUCCAUGCUCGAAUAUAUCACAUUGCCCCAAACAGUACCCUCACUGUUACUCUGCCAAUCUACAUGGAGGGAGGAGCGGAACUUUUUGAUCGGUGCCUUGUACAAGCAGACGUAUUCUUGAGAGGAAAGCUUAUUGAAUACAACCAACAUCUGAUCAGAGUGUGUCCGUACUACGUCAAGCGUGACCCACCAGCGGACGUGCUCCUUGUCACAGGCCCCGAGAUCACACGACCUCACUUCAUCCUCUGGCAGACGAUGUUUGAGAUGCUGGAUGUCACUCUGGACUUCUGGGAUGUUGAGAGAUACAACGGAAUGUCACUUGAUUCAACUACUAGUCAGAGACACCCUGUGACAUGGCUUGACCGUUACGGUGGCCGCAUGAUUCUCUACCCUUUCAACACCCCUCAGAAUGUCUUAGGUGAGGACAUCGUGAGCCAUUUCUAUCGAGGAGGUGACUUGUCAGAGGAUCAGGACUCCUCCGUGCUCCUCCUCACAAACAACAGGGACUUGGCAGAUCCAAAAGUUUACAUGAAAAGAAUGAAUGAGGAACUCACACGCUGGCAACCAGCUGUGGAUCUUGGCAAUAGAUUUGGUGGGAAACAUCUUUUCCAUCCAGAAUUUUGUGCAUGCUGCUGUUGUUCUAAUCCAGCCAAAAGAAAAGCCAAAUCCAUCUUGAAGAAACUCGAGGAGAGGAACUCCAUGAAUUCCUACAUACUUUAUAGCAAAACUGUGAACUAUGAGAAGCGUGCUACCUUCACCUACGACUAUGGCUCUCUAGAUGUUCGGUCCGUCCCACUUCACAGAGGUUCGAACUUCCACUUGGUGAAUAAUGAGCUCCUGUUGCAGUUGGGCCUUGAUGAUGUCAAGCUAACACCAGCUGCCACUGAAAUACCGCUUGGGUCGAACUUUGGACAGGUGCUUCUGAUGGUGAUCCUGAAUCUCCCACUCCACGCCAAGACCCACCUCCUGGAGUCUGGACAGUCAGAUGGUCCAAAACGUCUGCUGACAACCCCUAAUGGUGCAAAGUUUACAUUACGGCGCUUGACUGUCAUGUCACUGGAAGAAUACUUGUGUUUUGAAAUCAUGGCCAAACCUCGGAUGCCUGCCCGAUUUGAGCUCUUAGUCCAAGAGAUACAAAACAAUGGACAGGUUUACGCUGCAGAGGAUAUUGCCCCGUACGUCUACCUAUCUGCAGCUGCAUUUGUCCAAGAAGCCAAAAAGUGUUCAGGGUCCUAUAAAAGUCGUGCAAGAGAUCUCUAUAAGGAAUUGCACAGCAGUUUGAAGAGACAUGGGGAUAAAGCUGAACAGAAGGAAGCCCGUAGUGCUGCAGAGAGCAUGCUGGAUGAUAAGGUACGUGUCACGUACAAGAUGCUACUGAGACAGGACUACCUACAUCACUGCCACCGCUUGAGGGUCAAGGACAAAAUGUAUGACUUAUCAAAAUCUGGUGAAAUGUGGUAGUUGGAUGAAAUGAUAAGCAAAAGAUGAUAUGAGUUUCGCCCGGACUAUGUGUGUAUGAGUUCAAUACAUGUACAUAAGAUGUGUUCAAAUAUUCUAUUAAAUAUAUCUAGUCUUGUCCUAUAUGUUAGAUGGCAGCACCUCAAUUUUACUAAUAUAUCUUCCUUCAUUGUCAUUUGUGUACCAGUAAAAUAACGUUAUGGCUGUACGGUAGUAAAAGGAGGUGAUCCGCAAUGCUUGUUAGAAUUUGUUAACUUGUACAUAGUUAUGUUUUAUAACAUUAGAAAUGUUUUUGGUUUUUAUGGAAUGUUUGAGCGAAAUGCUACUACAUGUUUUGUCAAAGCGGCCUAUACACCUUUUGUUACUUUUGAGAUAAUACCAUUUUGAAUUUAUGCUCAACGAGCUCUAUUUGAUCUACAUGUAGGUCUCUCUGAUAAAUUAGAUACUUCAUGUAGGAAUAGAAUCUGUCCAUAUGUCUUUCACUUAUACAAAAGUACUGAUAUAGUGCAUGUAUUAAAGUGUACAUAUUUGUACCGCUGCAAUACAAUUUUGAAUUUUGUAACGUGUCUUUCCAAGUCAUUCCUUGUAUGUCUGCCUAAAGUAAUUUCCUACUACACGUACAUAUUUUGUGAACGUUUUUACAUUCAUGGUAAUCAUGACAUUAACCUGUAUGUAUUAGAAUGAGCUUCAUUUUGGGGUAUUGUUUGUAAUCUGAUGAUGAAGGAGAAGAGGAAUGAUAAUACACAUGAGAGGAAAGAAACUUUGGGUUGAUUACAUGGUAUAUUUUACAGAUGUAUAGUAUAAAAUAUGCAGUUUUAAUAGUUUGUACAAUGUACAUGUAGAAUAUCUAAUAGGUCCAUAAUCAUACCUGAAAAGUGUAUAAACAUUAGUGCUGUAUAGGAGAGUAUGCAGAUGUGAUGUUAAUUUGCCACAACAAGAAUGAGCAAAGAUAUGCCGGUGACCUAGGUCUCCACUUGAAACGCAAACUGUGCACUGAUCACCUGUCAUCCACUAGUUCAACCUCAAGUAGGAGAGGCUCUUCCACUGCAUCAAAGGAUUACUGCUCAUGUGAUGUUGGUUGUAAACUAGACAAACGAGAACAUUUAUAAUGGUAGGUGUUCUUGAGACAAACCAAACUGAUCAUCUAAUAUGUCAGCUGUUCAAAAGACAAGCCAAGCCAAAGCGCUCAGAUGUUAGAACUGGUGUUCUCUGGAGAAGCCAAUCUAUUGUUGACUUAUACUCAGAAUAUUAAAACAGACAUUAGUUUCUGUAACUAUUUCCUUAGAAUGCCACUGAACAUAUUUGUAAGUCAUGCUUACAUGGGUGCAAUAAAUGUCAUUCAGUCA